GGACGGUCUCCUUCGGCGGGCUCGGGUCGGACUCCUUGUUGCAUCAGCAAAGGUCCGCGAUGAAGACGUCCUUUGGCGUCGGGCCCAGGGCGAUGCCGAGGGUCGUAUCGGUCGGCGGGCAUCGGAGCGUGCAUCACUACAUUUCCGAGGGGGCUGUGUAUACAAGGAAUGACAGCAAGACUUCCUACAACUCAAACGAUUUCUCUUCUUCCGCUGUAUCAAAAGGAAAAGUCCCCCCUCCCCAUAUCGAAACGAAGUUUCUGAUGCUGGAUUUGCGUACACAAAUCAAGUCUGUCUUGCUGGAGAGGACUGCAGGCAUAUGCUAAGCCUGGGUCGAGAGGUUUUGACGUACGGGACUAGCGUGACAGAUGUCGGCUCUGUAAGCCCAACAGCAUCACAAGCCGCCGGCAUAAUGCGGCGGACUCUCUGGCUUUGCCUUCUUGCAAGACAGACAGGAUUUGUGACCUCAAAUCUGCAUCACAAAUUUUCAGACGAAUGCGUUUUCAAUAUGGGGAGGGGGGAUAUUUCCUUACGAUACGCUGCAGCGGAUGACGACAGUCCAGAAGGAGCAGGGCUAGCUUCCACUAGCAGUUUGAGUCUCCCUGCUGCAAACCGAAAGCAGCGGCGACCGGUAACAAUUCACCAUUCUCCGUUAAUAGAGAAAAAGGGCGAUGAAAUAUUUGGAGAGAUGAAUAGUGGCGCCGGAGGACCUCCGCCAUUUGGAAAAUCGCAAUCCUUGACAAGUCGGGCCUCGACCACGAGUACUGGUGGGGAUCAACCAAACGGUGGCGCUUCAUCUUUCCCAGCAAAGAAACCUCCGACUAGAAUCCGCAGAGAACAACCAGCUUUGGAUUACCGGCAAGUGCGUUACCAGUCGGUUUUUAUCGCGGAGCCCUUUGUGGACGACCAGGCGAGUGUGUUCGAGGAUGAUCCUAUGGAAGAAUUGACUUGGAACAGCCGGCGCUUUUCAACAACAAAAAUUAUGCCCGGUGGGGGACCUACUACAAUCAGUAGCCGCCUAAGUAGGUCAACCGUGCCGAUCUCCAGUUUGAGUAAGGUGAAAACGUCUGCAACUGUUGGUACCUCUUCUCAGAGCAUUGUGCGGCAGCAAGUAGGUUCCACCGCGACGCUGAUCGGUGCUGGUCACGCUGGCGUGGCUGGUUCUUUUAGUAGUAAUACCAACUGGGGCAGUGGUGCUAUCGGAAGUAGUGCAACUAC